AGGGAGAGGAGACACAGUGUUGCUUGUGCCCCCGGGGAAGCCGCACCCAUAGAGACGGGCUACGCCGGGGGAAUAUAUCAGCUGUUGGUCGCUGUGGCAGAACCCGCGGGUAAACAUGGAACACCUGGUGCUCGUCCCCCUACCAGUGAACACUUUACUCAGGUAUACACAGACUUAUGGAUAAUCUUGUGAUGCUAUGGGCACACCUCGUCACAGCAUCAGUAGACGGCCGUGGACAUAGCCAGGACGGGAGGUUGUUACCAGAGUGCCGGAGUGCUGCCGGGUGUAUUGUAAGCGCUCCCUGAAUUAAAGGGCUGCUGGAUCCUUUUUUAUUGUAAGAGCCCAAGUUUAGACUGUACCGGCAGGAUGACUGUAGAACGUGGGCGUGCGUCUCAACGGUCUCAUGGUGUCGCGUCCCAACGUUCCUACGGCACAUCAUCGUCAUCUUCGCAGGGCUCCAGGGCGCGAUGCAAAAUCUGUUGUAGGAAAUUCGUGUCGUUUAUGUGCACGCAAGUAGGCGUGGGUGGCUUGGUAGUGUCGUACGCUAUCAUGGGUGCCUUCGCCUUCAUAGCCAUCGAGGGUAAGGAGGAGUACUGGAUGACGAACCGCACCUCGCUCAUCCACAACACAACCAUCAGGACGCUGUGGAACUUUACAGAACACCUCAAUGUCCUACAUAAAGACCAGUGGUACGAAGACGUCAACGAUACACUAUAUGAUUUCCAGAAAGAAAUUGUGAAAGUAGUGAAAUCCGGAUAUGACGGUCGCUCCCACAAGGAAGUGUGGAACUUCCCAGCGUCUCUCAUGUUCUGUCUGAGCGUGUUCACCAUGAUCGGCUACGGCCACAUGACCCCCAAGUCAGAGUGGGGCAAAAUCGCCACCAUCAUGUAUGCCGUCCUCGGCAUCCCGCUCUACAUCGUCUACUUCAUGAACAUGGGUCGAGUGUUCGCCAAGUCCUUCAAGUUCCUCUACCGGGCGAUGUACCGCUGCAUCAACAGGAACAAGACCAAGACUCUGGAGGAGGCGGAGCUGAGCGAGGAUCAGGGCGAGGAGCACACCAUCAUCGUGCCCUCCACUGCUUGCAUGUGGGUCAUGAUCUUCUAUAUGACCACAGGCACUAUCAUGUUCGCCCAGUGGGAGAAAUGGUCUUACCUCAACUCCUGCUACUUCUCCUUCACCUCUCUCGCUAAGAUCGGUAUUGGAGAUUUCGUUCCGGGCUUUGGCGGCGGUGGGUUCGGCCGGGCUACGGAGGAUAGCCAGACCAAACUUAUCAUCAAUUUCAUGUACCUCCUGAUAGGCAUGGGCAUCAUCGCCAUGUGUUACACUCUCAUGAAGGAAGAGAUUUUGCUUAAACUAAGAGCUCUCAAACAAGACAUUAAAGAAAAAGUGUUUGUAUGUGGCUUGAAACUGGGUCUGUAUAUGGAGGAUCAACCAUACCAGGACUCUCGUCCUCCGCCCAUUCACGGGCGCACCAAGUCAGUACGGAAGUCUGUACGUCGACGGUAGUAACGGGAGUAAUCUCCAUUGCCAAUGUUGGCCGCUCCAUAAACCAGCGGGUGUGUGCCACUCACAAAUCUCAAGGGAGAAUAAGCGUGAGGUGUGGCUGGUGUUUCCCCACGUGCACUCUCCAGGGUUGUGCUGGCGCCAGCUAAUGGAAAGACGUGAGCAAUGACUGCUCUCCAGGUGUGCCAAAUUUUUCUGAGUGUGCAGCUCUCCUACAAACUUCCUUGACAUGGACCAAGAGGCCUGGGCGCCGCCCUGUACAGCUCUUGAAUGUGUACCUUAAGAGUGUAUGUAUCUCAAGAAUGCGUUUAUUUCAGAGUGAUGUACCUGAGGAGUGUGUGUUUAUCUCAAACGUGUGAAUCUUGUGAAUGUGUUUCUCGAGAGUAUGUACUAUAUUCCAAGAUUAUGUCUCCCUCUACAGCGUUCAGAAUUAGCUGCGAGGGACGCAGAUACGCCACCACUAUGACUUUGCGCCGUAAUAGUGAGUGAGAGUAACGAAAACUGUACAUUGUGUUGGAGCCAGUGUUGGUGUGUGGGGGGCUCAGCCGGGCUACACGUUCAAAACAACCAUUUGUCACAGAUACAAGAGGAAGCAGUUGUUGAUUUACAUGUACGGUUGGUUUUAUGAGUUUUAUGAAGCUGUAAAUAGUGACAAGUAAACAUGUAGCGUGAACCACUGAGGAACUACACUUUCAACUGCCUUUGGUGCAAAAUGUAAUGUAAGAUUUCUGAGAAUUAGUGUAUCAUGUCUUAUACUGAUCUUACUCCUUCAUGACUUAUUUAAGUAUAAACCAUUCUGAUGAACUACUAGAAGUCACUGUGCGUUACACCUAUUGCAAUAAAAACUGUUUAAACCUG